UUUCGUUUCCCUUCUCUCCCGCCUCAUCCCCAUUUUGGCGCCAAUAUUAAAACUAAAACAAAAUAAAAAUAAAAGCAAAAUCACUUCCCAAGACCCAACUCAACUCCUCAGAUCUUCUCUCUCUCUUCAACACUGGUAAUGGAGACCUCAAGCUCAACCCCUCCUUCCUUCUUCCGUGAAAUCAAAACCAGAGAACUCAAUGGAUUCAGAGUAAAUAAAAGACCAUAUCUAGGUAAUUUAUCAUCAGAUUCAGCUAGUUUUGGAGGUGCUGGAGUACUAUCUAUUGAACACAAUGGAAUCUCUAAUCCACCAUUAGCGCUUUCAUAUUCUAAGACAAAUGGAAAAUCUCAUUUACUUGCUGUUACCGAUGAAGAUGGAUUUGUUAGCUUGUUUGAUACUCGUCAAAGACUCCCAUCUUUUACUAACUGCCGAGAGAAAGCAGUGGAAGCUAGGGUAUCCGAAUGGGAAGCUCAUGAUAAUGCAAUCUUCGAUUUAUGCUGGACUAAGGAUGACACUCGCGUUUUGACAGCUUCAGGAGAUCAAAAGAUAAAGAUUUGGAACGUGGAAAAAAGGGUCUGCAUUGGUGUUUUGACUGGUCAUACAGGAAGUGUAAAGUCAGUAUGUGCCCACCCAUCUAAUCCUGAUCUUAUUGUAUCUGGUUCAAGAGACGGAUCAUUUGCUCAGUGGGAUUUGAGAUGCAACCGUAGCCACAUAAGUGAUCAUGGAGAAACCUCCUUAAUCUCAACUUCUGUAGUCAAAGAGGCUCACACUUCAGUUCAAGGAAAGCGGGUUAGGCAUGGCAAGGCCGCUUCCAAGAGUAUAACUUCUGUUCUUUAUCUCAAAGAUGAGAACUCUAUUGCAACUGCAGGGGCAGUGGACAGUGUUGUAAAAUUCUGGGAUACACGCAACCUGAAAACCCACAUCACCCAGGCACAUCCGAAAACAACUUCAUCAAGUGAAAAGGAAAAAGUUUUACAUGGAAUAUCUUCCCUUACCCAGGAUUCCAAUGGAGUAUUCCUCUCAGCUUCUUGCAUGGACAAUAGAAUUUAUGUCUACAAUAUGUUACAGCUUGACAAGGGUCCUGUUAAUACUUUCUCUGGCAGUCAAUUUGAGUCAUUUUAUGUAAAGUCAGCAAUUAGCCCAGACGGAGCUUAUGUUCUGAGUGGGUCAAGUGAUCAUAAUGCCUACAUUUGGCAGCUGAGAAACCCUGAAGCAGAUCCAAUAAUACUAGAAGGUCAUGAAGGAGAAGUUACAGCAGUAGAUUGGUGCCCAUCUGAGAUAGGAAAGAUUGCAACUGCUUCAGAUGAUUUCACGGUCCGUGUCUGGAACAUACAGAAAGGGUACUCUAGUAAAAAUUCCCCAACAUGCAUAAGGAAGAGAGUAAUGGCUAUACCAAGAAUGGAUUGUAGGAAGCUGUUCAGGGAUGAAGAUCAAACUGAGCUAACAAAAGCUGACAGCAACUCCUGUCACCAAGAUGUCUUGGUUGGAGAUUUAAGCUCGCCUAAUAAGAAGAUUAAAAUGCCUGAAAUUACUACACCUGAAUCUUCCAUGAAAAAGUUUUCAUCAGCCUUCCUAAUUAAGGAAGACAUAGAGAUGGAGAAAACUCCAGAAGCUGCAUUGACGAGCCCAACUUCUGUCCUCAACCCACCUUCAUCCUUGAAAAGAAAAACUAUUCGAGAUUACUUUGUUGCAGCUUCAGGAGAGUCUAAUUGAGUUGAGGUAUUCCCUUUUUCCAGUAUAUACAUAAACUGGGAAUCAAGAAGUAGCAAAUCCUUCUCUUUUCUCUGGGUUGUGUCUUUCUCUUUUAGGAGCAAGGAACAAGCCUAGUCUAUAAAUUAAGGGUUAUAUACGAAGUGUACAGAAGAAUUAUUGCGUUGUGAAUAUAUUGUAGUCGAGAAAAGAUUUGGUAAAGGAUUAAAUUGCAUCCAGGGCGUAGAAUCUUGUAAUGCAGGAGGAGAUACCAUGAACUUCAUCAACCUUUGAAUGAUAUACUACUUGCCGACAUUGGGUGGAUUACUGAUUCAUUAUUAUCUAGAUAUGCUCUUUUUCUUCCAACUGGAAGAGACAGCAACAAGGUUGUAGAUGCAUCAGCCUCAUUCAAUUGCUUAACUAUGUUAUAAUUAUGUAUUUUGAUCGCCCAACUCAUCGUUAAAUUUGUAGGAUCAUGCCGAGUCCACUCCUGCGCCAUUAUUACAUAGCAAUUUUGUGCCAUCAGAAAAAAGAAGCAUAAAAGAACUGGAUUGUUUUUUUAUUC